AUGACGACAAUCCAAACUCUUAUCAUGGUCCACCUCCUCUCCCAGGGCUGGUCCGGUCCGUAUUACUACAGGUCACAAGGUGGUCGCAGCAAUGAGGAGUACAGAUACCACGUCCGGGGUGAUCAAGCCUUGCUGGGCAACAUCCGCUACCUGGAGAACUCCGGCCUGCGGGUCAUCCGGACGCAGCGAGGCGCCAACGCCACCCUGCCCUGCCGCCUGCGGGUGGUGCCCCGGGAGUACCGGGUGAAGUGGGUCAAGCUGGGCCGCAGCCCCAAGGAGAACAUCGCCCUGAUCGCCAACAGCCACCAGCAGAGAGGAUACGGGGGCUUCGCCGGCCGGGCCUUCCUCCGCAGGCUGGACAAGUACGACGUGUCCCUGCUCUUGGCCGACGUCGGGCUGGACGACUCCGGCAAGUACAAGUGCGAGGUGAUCAACGGCGUGGACGACGACAGCGCCGUGGUCGAGCUGCAGCUGGACGGUGUGGUGUUUCCAUACCAACCGAACAAAGGCCGCUACCAGUUCAACUAUUACCAGGCCGUGCGGGCGUGCAAGGACCAAGACGCUAAACUCGCGACAUUUCAGCAGCUCUUUCAAGAGUGGCUGAAAGGCCUAGACUGGUGCAACGCGGGCUGGCUGGACGAUGGGACGGUCCACUACCCGGUCACCCAGCCGCGGGACCCCUGUGGGGGCAAAGCUCUCCCGCCGGGAAUCCGGAGCUACGGACCCCGGGACAAGCAGCGCGGCAAGUACGAUGCCUAUUGCUUCACAUCGGCCGUCAAAGGUUAUGUGUAUUUCCGGAGAGAUCCGAUGAAAUUUGACUACGUCAGUGGCUCAAACGCCUGCCGGAGCGAAGGGGCAGCGAUUGCCAAAGUUGGCCAGCUGUACGGCGCCUGGAUGUUUUCGCGGCUGCACCGUUGUGAUCCUGGCUGGCUGGCCGACGGAAGCGUCCGGUACCCCAUCGUGUCCCCGCGGCCGCAGUGUGGUGGCCUGGAGCCCGGAGUGCGCACACAGGGCUUCCCCAGCCUCUCGCAGCGCGAGUAUGGUGUAUACUGCUACAAGAGGCGGUAAACUCUCCCCCACACCGCAA